ACACACAGACACAGUCACAAGUCACAUAUAAAAAACAAUAGGAAGAAAAAGAUCGAAUUUUUUUGUGUUUGAAUCAAAGGCGAGGCGGGGGAUUCAAUUACAGACAAAAUAAUGGAAGUCCCAAAAGAUCAAAUGUCUACCCUUCUUGAUUGCGGUCUCUAUAAUUCUGCUCAAAUGCUCGGCUGUUUUCUGGUAUCUUCAUCUUCUGUCAAUAAUGACAACUCUCCACAUCUCAAGGCUGAAUAUCUGGCUCUUCAUGGUGAUGCUUUGCUUCGUGAUAAGGAGUACCGAAGAGCUAUUCAUGCGUACAAGCAAGCGUUACAAUAUCACAAGAUUGUUCCUAAAGUAAAUGCAACUUUAAGAAGUUCAUUAUCUGCAUCAAACAGAUCUUCUUCCCCAAGCUCCUAUAAUGUCCCAUCAAUUAAUGAAAACGAGGUGAAGUUCAAAAUUGCAUCUUGUCACUGUGCCUUAAAUGAGAGUAGAGCAGCUCUUGCCGAGAUGGAGGGUAUCCCGGGAAAAGCAAGAAACUUGCAGAUGAAUCUGUUGAUGGGAAAGCUUUAUCGAUGUUCCAAACAUACACGUCCUGCCAUUGCCUGUUACAAAGAGUGCCUGAGACAUUGCCCAUAUAUCAUUGAGGCUAUUACAUCCUUGGCUGAGUUAGGUGUUCAAGCAAAAGAUAUCUUUUCAUUGCUUCCUCAGGCUCCCAGUAGAAAUGGCAGGCCUCCUUUUGAUCAGUUUGAGUCCAGCCGUUGGUUGCAACGCUAUGUUGAGGCUCAAUGUUGCAUUGCAUCAAAUGAUUAUAAAGGGGGACUGGAACUCUUCACGGAACUUCUUCAGCGUUUUCCUAACAAUGUACACAUAUUACUUGAAAUGGCGAAGGUGGAAGCAAUUAUCGGAAAGAAUGACGAAGCCAUCAUGAAGUUUGAGAAGGUUCAGUCGAUUGAUCCUUACGUGGUCACCUAUAUGGAUGAGUAUGCUAUGCUUUUAAAGCUAAAAUCUGAUCCACUAAAGUUAAACAAGUUAGUGCAUGAUUUGCUGAGCAUUGAUCCAGCCAGGCCUGAAGUGUUUGUGGCAUUGUCUGUUUUGUGGGAAAGGAAAGAUGACAGGGCUGCUCUAACUCAUGCAGAAAAAAGCAUCCGGAUUGAUGAUAGACAUAUAACUGGAUACAUAGUGAAGGGCAACUUGUUUCUCUCAAUGAAUCAACCGGAAUUAGCUGUGGCCGCCUUCAGGUCUGCUCAAGAGUUGAGACCUGAUCUACGUUCCUACCAAGGAUUGGUUCGAUCCUAUUUGGCACUUUCAAAGUUGAAAGAGGCAUUAUAUGCUGCAAGGGAGGCAAUGAAGGCCAUGCCUCAAUCUGCAAAGGCUCUAAAACUUGUUGGUGAUGUAUAUGCUAGUAACCCUAGUAGUAGAGAAAAGGCUAAGAAGUUCUACGAGUCUGCUCUAAGGCUGGAACCUGGUUACCUUGGAGCCGCAUUAGCAUUGGCAGAGUUACACAUAAUGGAAGGUCGGAACUACGAAGCAGUAACUCUUCUCGAGCGUUACCUUAAAGACUGGGCUGAUGACUCACUUCAUGUGAAGCUGGCCCAGGUAUUUGCAGCUACAAAUAUGAUGCAAGAUUCACUCCUUCAUUAUCAAGCUGCUUUAAGGAUUAAUCCCCUAAAUGAGGCAGCAAAGAAAGGAUUGGAACGAUUAGAGAAGUUGAUGAAGGGAGUCGAUCCCGAUGCCCCUGAAGAAGAGGAUGAUAAUGAUGGUGAGGAUGCUGAUGGUGACGCUGAAGAUGCGGAUGUUUUAUGAUGGAUUUUUAAAGUGUCUCUUUCAGGAUCAAAGUAGUGAUAUCUCUCAUACUCCUUUGUCUGCGCAUAUCUCCGGCUAUUUUUUUAUGAGAAGUUCAAACACACGAGAUCAAGCUGGUACUAUUGAUCAAACUUUGGGUAUACCUGUGAUCCUCCAGAUUUUGUAUAUCCUAUCUGCACAUAAAGAUUGAGAGAUAUUCAAUAAGAGUUUGAAUACAGGGUCUCCUUUUGGCCCUAUAACCGGCUAAAAAAUUAUUGUAUAAACAUGUGAUGUUGAACAAUUGUAGUCCUAUAAAGUAAAUCAACUUGAUUGUAAGUUAGAUCUCUUAUGUAUGCAUGUUCGUUGGUUCUUAUUGUGGCUGUAUAAUCAAAAACAUGAAAUUCAUUUAGACUCCUUUAGUUUUC